AUUUAGGGUUCUAGCGGAGUAGCGAGCGAUGGCGGUGGAGAGCGACGAUCCAGACGAGAACGCUGUCAUUGACGCGCUGGGCAAGACUAUGGCAGGGCUGGUCACGGUGUCCCGCGCCAACGAUGGGGUGGAAUUCCUGGCAGAGCUGCUGGGAGUUUUAGCGCGAGGGCAUCUGUGCCAAGUGAGCUCCCUGGAGACGACCGAGUCCAUAGUAGAAGAUCUGGUCGAGUCUUUCUCGACAAGCUACUCGGAUUUGAAGGAGAAACGCGGGGAUCGGAGCUCCAGUGUGGAAGAUCUCGGCGAUCGGAGAAGCGGCGGCAGGAUCUUUCGUGAGAGAGAGCGGGAAAGAGAAAGAUCGAGCUCUCAGGUAACAGCGAAGGACGGUGGCAAAUGUCGGUGCUCGAAAGAUUUCCAGCGAUCAAGACGGGACUUCACAAGAGUUUCCCAGCAAUCAGGGGCUCCAAGACCGGAGAUCACGGAUCCGGAGAAAGAGUCGAUCGUGGAGGAGGAUGGAUUCGUGGAAGGGAAAUCCCAAGAGCAGUACCAUGAAGUGGAGGAAAUGGAGUACUUCGUGGAGGAAGAGGAAGACUCCCGGGGAACGGAAGAGCUUGUGGCGUUUACCACUGGUAGCAGCGUCGCCAUCUUUCAAGAGACGCUGAUGGAGCAACGGCGAAGCAACUCUCUCAAGGAGAUGGAGCUCGUCUGCGCGAUGAGGGGCUUGAAGCUCAAGGAGCGAGAGCUGGACAUGCAAGAAGCAUCGAUCGACAUCGGCAAGGAGACGCUGGACGUGAACAAGAGCACACUCAAGUUCAACGUCUCCAAGGCUGGACGAGACGAAAUGGCCGCCGCCUGUGCCGACUUUCGGAGCUCCACGUCCGACUACUUCCUCGCGGGCUUGCUCAUCAUGUUCGCGUUCACGGCUUUCUGCGUGUGGAGAAACCUUCCAGAGUGGUUCUCGACGCUGAGAGACUCGUGUUCUGCGACUCCUGCUACUAAACAGGCAUGGUAUAACUUCGUGGGAUCUAUCACGGGUAACACAAACUACUGGCUUUGCAUCGCCAGAGGCAGCGCUGGAGCGAUCCUUGGAGUGCUGCUGUGCCUGCUGCUGCUCUUCAUCUGCAAGAAGACGCUCAGCUCCACGAAGCGCGCAAUGCCGAUGACCAUCUUCAUGGUUGGGGGCUCGUGUGUCGGCGUGGUCGGGAAAGAGAUCGUCUACCUCUUGGGCGGACAGGGAUGGAACUGGAUGGUGGUGUGGCUGCUCUCGUGCCUCGUCCAUGCUUGCACACACUUCUUCACCGAGUUCUUCAUCAAGCUUCUCAGCAGGGGCAGAGUUGUGAAGAUCCUCUUCCACUCUACUUUGGCGGUGGGAUUGCCGCUCGGGGCUGGACUGGCAGGCUUUCCAUCGGUGAGCUCAUUUUGAGCGUGGCUUGCUUGGUUUGUUCGAUAGCGAAGAUGGACUUGACGAGUCCAGGAAGGAAUUAUUUUGAUCCUAUCCUCUGAUUGUUUCUCUUUGUAUUGUUUGUGUUAUCAAGUUUGUAGUUUACACAAAACCAAAGAGUUUACAAUAAAACCGAUACGUAA